AUGGGAUCAAGCUGCUCCCUCCUGCUCCUGCUGCUCCUCGUGUGCCAGGGGCCCGGAGCCACCUUCUCGCUGCUGCGGUACCGCUCCGAGUGUGGGGAAUACAGCAUGCAGCUGGUGGUGUACCCCAGCCGUGGGCGCAGCGUCCGCUUCAGAGUCAUGGAUGAGUUCGGGAGCCGCUUCGAUGUUGCCAACUGCUCCAUCUGCCUCCAUUGGCUCCACACCGGGGCAGACGGUGCCAUCACCUUCUCCUCUGGCUACGAGGGCUGCCACGUGCUGGUGAAGGAGGACCGCUACGUCCUGCGGGUGCAGCUGGAGGAGACGCUGCUCAGCGGGGUCCUGGUCACCUCCUAUGAAGUCAACAUGACCUGUCCACAGCACGGUGACUACGAGGUCCUCACCACACGCACCGAGCAGCAAGGGGAUGCUCAUGGCAAUAGCAUCCAUCAGAGCCAGGCUGGUGUCCUCGUCCCCCUGUCCCAGCCGGGCCUCCUGCACCAAGUGUCCCAAUCCUCCAUCACCAUCCCAGCAUCCCAGCUCGCAUCCCAAGUGCACCCGGAGCAGGUUCACCCCGUGGUGCGGACACAGCCCUUUGGGGGGCCCCAAGAUCAGCAGCCUCAGAACCAGCCUGGGAUGGGGCAUCCUGCAGCGCCAAGUCAACCGGGUCGUCUUCGUCCAGGGGUUCAGACCCACACCCGGCCUGGUCUGGUGCAUCUUGGGGCUCAGAAUCAAGCAGGAGUUCUUCAAGCUGGAGUUCACUCCCAGAACCAGCCCGGAAUGGUGCUCCCUGGGCCUCCAAAUCAACCGGGUCGCCUUCGUCCGGCAGCUCAGACCCAAAACCAACCUGGGUUGGUGCAUCCUGGAGCUCAAACUCAACCAGGAGUUCUUCGUCCAGUGGUUCAAACCCAAAAUCAACCUCUUCUGGUGCAUCCUGGAGCCCAAAGUCAACCGGGACAUCUUCGUCCAGUGGUUCAAACCCAAAACCAACCUGGUCUGGUUGGUCAAAAUCAAGCAGAUCGUCUUCGCCCAGGGCUUGCACCUCAAAACCAACCUGGCUUGAUGCAUCCUGGAGCUCAAACUCAACCAGGAGCUCUUCGUCCAGUGGUUCAGACCCAAACCCAGCCUGUUCUGGUGCAUCCUGGAGCUCAAACUCAACCAGGUCGUCUUCGUCCAGCAAUUCAGCCCCAAAACCAACCUGUUUUGGUGCAUCCUGGAGCUCAAACUCAACCAGGAGCUCUUCGUCCAGUGCUUCAGACCCCAAACCAGCCUGGGUUGGUGCAUGGCGCCGGUGGCUUCAUGCACGCUGGUGCUCAGACCCACACAGGCUUUGUACGCCCGGCCGCUCAGCCCCCAAACCAGCCGGGUUUAACUCAUCCCAACCCUCAGCCCCAUUCCCAAGGGAGUCGCGUCCAUCCCGGGCUCCAGAGCCAAGCUGGGCUGGUCCAUCCCAGCCAUUCCCGACCGGGUUUAACCCAUCCAGGGCUCCAAUCCCGCCCGGGUUUGAUGCGUCCUGGUCUCCAUGCUCGGCCCCAGCCGGGUGUGGGGCGCCCAGGGCUCCAGCCCCAAGCCCAACCUGGCUUGAUGCGUCCUGGCCUUCAAUCCCAGCCCAGUCUCCUGCAAUCCACGGCCCUCUUCUACCCCUCGGCAGGGGCAGGCACGCAGCUGAGCCGGGAGCAGUGCCAGGUAGCAGUGGGGAGGAUGCCGUGCGUGGCACCGCGGGGCCGGGAUGCGUGUCUGCAGGCGGGAUGCUGCUACGAUGACAUGGACCGGGCUGCUCCCUGUUACUAUGGCAACACCGCCACGGUGCAGUGCCUGCUGGAGGGUCACUUCGUGCUGGUGGUGCCGCGGGGUCUCAGCACCCAGCCCUACAACCUGGACAGCGUGCGCCUGGCCAGCACCCAGCCCGGCUGCGAGCCCCAGCGGGUCACCGAGGCCUUCGUCAUGUUCCGCUUCGCCGUCACACAGUGUGGCACCACGGUCCAGGUCAUCGAGGACCGGCUCAUCUAUGAGAACCAGCUCAUCUCCACCAUCGAUGUCCAGGGGUCCCCCCGUGGCUCCAUCACACGCGACAGCAUCUACAUCCUCCAAGCUCGCUGCAUCUACAACGCCAGCGAGCUCCUGCCCCUCCGCAUGGAGGUGGCCAUCCCCACCACGGCUGCCCCCGUGGCCAGGCCGGGGCCGCUGGGGCUCCAGUUGCGCAUCGCCACUGAUGAAAGCUACAGCUCCUACCACCCCGAUGGUGACUUCCCGCUGGUGAAGGUGCUGCGGGACCCCAUCUACGUGGAGGUUCGGCUCCUGCAGAAGACGGACCCCAACCUGGUGCUGGUGCUGCACCACUGCUGGGCAUCCCCCAGCACCGACCCCACGGCUGAGCCCCAGUGGCCCAUCCUGGUGGAUGGGUGCCCCUUUGUAGGGGAUAACUACAGGACACAGCUUGUGCCAGUGGGACCAGCUUCUCCACAGCUUCCCUUCCCCAGCCACUACCAGCGCUUCGUCAUCUCCACCUUCACCUUUGUGGAGCCCCCAUCCAUGGCAGUGCUGGAGGGAGAGGUGUACAUCUCCUGCAGCGCCUCCGUGUGCCACCUCGCGCAGCCCGAGCCCUGCCGGCCCUCCUGCCAGCUCGGGGUGCCCUCCCGAGCACGUCGGUCCACAAGGGACAGGAGGACAAGCGGAGCCACGGGCACGGUCACCUCGCAGGGACCCGUCACCUUCCCCAUGGUGCCCAAACUGCAGUGAGGUGGUGGGUGAGUUCCCUCCUCUUCCUCACCCUUCAUCCCGGCUCUAACUCUUCUUCUUCUCCAGCCAGAUCUUGCUUCACCUCUGGCCAAGCUGGAUGAAAUAAAGCGUGUGGAGCAUGG